UCUGCGGAGCACUGGGAUCCUGUCCUUGACCUGUCUGUCUAUCAGAAUUGCUCAGCGCCGGUUAACUCUAGUGUUAUUUAUACACACUUUUAGUAGAAGUGAAGUGCGUCUUACAGAUUGUUUUUGUUGUCCCUGCAAACAUGAAUUUUAAAAUACGGGCUGCAACGAAAGAAGACUGCAAAGAAAUCUCAAGAAUGAUAAUGGAGCUGUCAGUCUUUGUAAAAAUGCCUGACCAGGUGAAGAUAUCUCAUGAAGAACUGAGCGGUUUCUGCCAGAAUCCCUUCUUUGAGUGCCUCGUUGCAGAAGUUCCUGAGGAGAGUAAAUCUAAAGAAGGAUACACAGUUGUUGGAUAUGCUGUUUACUUUUACACGUACAGUACUUGGAAAGGACGGACUGUAUACUUGGAGGACCUCUAUGUGAUGCCAGAAUUCAGAGGAACUGGCAUUGGCAAAGGUUUACUGAGCAAAGUGGCAGAGAUUGCAAAGAAGAAGCAGUGCGUGCGGCUUCAGCUGUCUGUGUUGAACUGGAACGCCCCUGCUCGGGACUUCUAUGCUGCUAAAGGAGCUCAGGAUCUCACUGUCACUGAAGGCUGGCACUUCAUACGUUUUGAUGGACAAAACUUGGACAAUUUAGCAAAUGAAGCACCAAAAGAUUGAAAGUUUGCUGAAGAAAAUGUGUCCAAUAUUGUUAAUGUUUUUGAUUGGUAUAAAUGAUUUGUUUUUAUAUUCUGUGGGGCCAAAAAUAAGCCAUACAAUCUUGUCAGUCCCUAAACUUAAGAAGGUUAUGUCUAAGGAUUUGAAUGCAUGGA